UCCCGCCCCACCUCCCCAGUCCCUCGAGGCCGAAGCCGGUACCGUCUUUCCCCGCCCAGGUUCUGCGGCUUUCUCCUCCGCCAAGGGUGCGUGGGACUGGAUCUGUCCCCACGCCUCCCGCCUGAGGCCAGACGCGAGGUGUCGCCUCGGAUCAGACAGCCCGUUUGGGAGCGAGCCUCAGGUCGACCAAUCAAUGCCUCAGACAGAUAAGCAAAUAUGCAUCCCCCCGGAGCUGCCGGAAUUGCUGAAGCAAUUCACCAAAGCCGCCAUUCGGACCCAGCCGCAGGAUCUCAUCCAGUGGGCGGCGGAUUAUUUCGGGGCUAUGUCCCGUGGAGAGAUUCCUCCAGUGAGAGAGCGGUCUGAGCGAGUGGCUUUGUCUAACUGGGCAGAGCUUACACCUGAGCUGUUGAAGAUCCUGCAUUCUCGGGUUGCUGGCAGACUGAUUAUCCAUGCAGAUGAGCUGGCCCAGAUGUGGAAGGUGCUGAGUCUCCCAACAGAUCUGUUUAACAGUGUGAUGAAUGUGGGCCACUUCACGGAGGAGAUUGAGUGGCUGAAGUUUUUAGCUCUUGCUUGCAGUUCUCUUGGAGUUACCAUUGCCAAAACUCUCAAGAUAGUGUGCGAAGUGUUAUCAUCUGACCAUGACAGUGGACCUCCCCGGAUCCCAUUUAGCACCUUCCAGUUUCUCUACACAUAUAUUGCCGAGGUGGAUGGGGAAAUCUCUGCCUCUCAUGUCAGCCGAAUGCUGAACUACAUUGAACAGGAAGUAAUUGGUCCUGAUGGUUUAAUCAAAGUCAGUGACUUUACCCAAAACCCCAGGGUUCGGCUGGAGUAAAAACACAGUUUUGGCCAUUUUAAAGGAAGAUAACAGAGAUGAUUGUGCUUCAGAAUGACUGAACCCCACGUACCAUCUAAUGUCAGUUUUCUUGUACAACUGGUCCACACUAAUAAACGAUUAGGCAAACAUGUGAACUCAGAAA